AGGGGGCAGGCCAGUGAGGUGGAGCAGGAACGGCAUGUCAGAUGUGUUAGUUCAGAGAGAGAAGUUGGAAUACUCCUCUUGAUUGUCCCGUCCAAAGAUUUGUCUAUGGGAUUUUAUCUGUCCCCCAUACACUGGAUGAUGUAGAAUGACUGGAGACUUAAUACAGUGUGCCUUAUAAAGUCCAAGGAUUGCCUGUUGGUCUUCUUCAACACAUUCCUAUACAACUCUGUCUCCAUUGACCAGUGGAGGGUGAUGAGGCUGGCAGGGAGCUUCCAGUUUGUCCUUCUGCUGGUCCUCAGCUCCAAGGCCACAGGCCUCAAUAUCCCCCUUGAAGUGGAGCAACUUCCUACUAUAAUAUCUCACACAUCUGGGCCUGUUAUUGCACUUCCUUACGACAACGACAACAUCACCAUCCAAUGUGAAGCAAGAGGCAACCCUCCUCCAGAAUACAGAUGGACAAAAGAUGACCUUGAUUUUAUUCCCCCCAAACCUACGACAAUCAAACGUGCCCAACUUGACACAGAUGGUACUUUUGUACUACAAAACAAAAGCCUUGGUCGGUUUCAGGGUAAAUAUCGAUGCUAUGCUUCCAAUAAGCUGGGAACCGCCAUGACAGAGGCCAUUGAACUGAUAGUACCUAUUAUGCCAAAAUUCCCAAAAGAGAAGAUGGAACCCAUUAUCAUCCAGGAAGGGGAACCCUUUGUCCUCAAGUGUAACCCUCCAGAGGGAUUUUCUCCAAGAAAGAUCCACUGGAUGUCUAUCGGUCUACAACACAUUGAGCAAGAUGAGAGGGUUUCCACGGGCACUGAUGGCAGCCUGUACUUCUCUCAUGCCUUACAGAAAGACAGCCGUCAGGACUACUGCUGCUUUGCCGACUUUCGACGAAUAAUUGUCCAGAAGACCGCUAUGGCAGUUGAGGUCAUUCCAUGGACGCCAGAGUAUGAAUCUGCUGACGACCGCGUUGCCACCCUUCCAGUGAGAACCCCCAGCCUACUGCUGCCCUCUGGUGUUCAGACAGAGAGGGUGCUCGUGAAGGGAGCACAGCUUCAGCUUGAGUGUAUACCAGGAGGAUACCCCACACCAAAAAUAGAAUGGAUGAAAAUGGGAGAAGAUCUGCCCACUCAAGCCAAAUUGGACAACUUUGGAAAGCUGUUGACCAUAGCUGCGAUAGAGGAGAGUGAUGGCGGCACAUAUAGUUGUUUGGCAAAGAACCCGGCUGGACAGGCGAUCCACUACUUUGAUGUAAUAGUGGAAGAGCCCCCGCAGUGGCUGAACGAGCCACCUGAAAGCCAGCUGAACGUGAUCGGCUCCGAUGUGCACAUCAAGUGCUCGGUCAGCGGAAGUCCACCACCCGACAUAGUGUGGAGGAAAAAUGGACACGUUUUUGAAGAUGACCCACUAAAUAACAAGCGGGUGCUUGACGACACACUGAUUCUCCACAACGCCUUGCCAGAAGACAGUGGCGUCUACCAGUGUGAAGCUUCCAACAGACAUGGUGGUGUCCUUGCCAACAUUAACAUCAUGGUCAUGAAUUUGGCUCCUCUAAUCCUGACCAAGGACUACCAGGAGUACACCGUGAUCCGCAGCCAGAAUAUGUCCAUGAACUGCAGAGUUUUCGGCUCGCCUCUUCCUACCAUCUCUUGGGCCAAAGACGAGACUCCAGAAGCCAUCGAGGGAGAACGAUUUAUUAUGCUCCACGACGGCUCAUUACAGAUAUCCAGCACGGAAAAGGAAGACAGCGGCGAAUACGUCUGUGUUGCCGAUAACAGCGAGGGCAAGUCGUCUAUCACCGCUGUGCUGGCUGUGAAAGAACCCACACAAAUUGUAAAUGGGCCUCAGGACAUGCAGGUCAUCAGCGGGACCACAGCUCACCUGACGUGCCAGGCGCAGUACGAUGAAAGUCUGAAGGACUCUUUUCAGACGGUUUGGAUCAAGGAUGGGGAGAAAAUUCAACUUUCCUUAGAGGAACCUUCUAGGUACUUUUUGAGUGAUGGCAUGCUGCAGAUUAUGAACGUGAAACUGAGCGAUGAAGGAAUGUACACGUGCAUGGCCAGGACUCAUCUGGACGUGGACAACGUCACUGCACUCCUCACAGUGCUUGAUGUUCCUGAUGCUCCUCAAAAUGUACUUAUAACUAAACUUAAUAAUCCCAGGAAUAUUAGUCUAUCUUGGAUACCUGGCAGUGAUCACAACAGCUCUGUAAUAGAAUUCAUUGUGGAGUAUGAGGAGAGUCAGUGGGAGCCGGGGAAGUGGAAGGAGCUACACAAAGUCCCCGGUAACCAGGCAACAGUCGAGCUGGCGCUACACGGACAUCUUAACUACCAGUUCAGAGUGUACGCCGUCAACGCUAUCGGACCUGGGCCCCCCAGUGAGCCCACUGAGCGCUACAAAACCCCUCCAGCUGCACCCGAUAGGAACCCAGAAAACAUCAAAAUCCAUGGCCAUGUUCCUCAUCAAAUGGAUAUUGGCUGGGAGCCGCUGUUACCUGUGGAACAAAAUGGCCCCGGCUUGGAAUACAAGGUGAGCUACAGGAAACUCGAUGUGGAUGACACGUGGUCGGAACACCUGGUCAAAAGGCACUCCUUCGUUGUGAGCAACACGUCAACGUUCAUUCCGUAUGAGAUCAAAAUUCGGAGCAGGAACAGCCAUGGCUGGGGACCGCAGCCAAAAAUUGUGACGGGUUACUCUGGAGAAGACGUUGUCUUUCGGCAUUGUCUUCGGGAAAAUGUGUCAGUUCCCACUGCUGCUCCACGGGAUAUUGCAGUGGAGGUGAUGAACACGACUGUUCUGAGAGUAAGCUGGAACCCCAUACCGCCCGCCACUGUGAGAGGUCACCUCAGGGGUUACCAUGUUCACUGGCUGAGGAAGCGAAGUUUUCUGUAUCCCGACAAAAUCUUGGAUGAACAUCAAUCGCUGUCCUUCCCUGGGAAGAGAACCCACGCCAUCGUGCCCGGCCUUGAACCUUUCUCCGAGUAUACGCUCACUGUCAACGUCUUCAACAAGAAGGGAAAUGGGCCUAGCAGUGACCCGGUCACCUUCAACACUCCGGAAGGAGUUCCUGAGCAGGUGCCCAUUCUGACCACCUCUAAUGCCCGGAGAGACUCUGUCCUCUUGGUAUGGGGGCCACCACUUGUGGCAAAUGGCAUCCUCACUGGCUACCACCUGCAGUACCACCUAAUUAAUGAAACCACGAUGGAGGUGCUCGCUACCCGGGAGUUGAACAUCAGCGGGGCCGACACCACCCACUGGCAGCUGAAGGGCCUAAAAGAGGGCAGCCUUUACCUCUUCCACCUCAGUGCCUGCACUCGAGUCGGGUGUGGACCUCCACUGGCGCAAGAGAGCAGCACUGUCACUCCGGCACCUGUGGUCUCUGUUGAGAGCAGCCACAUCUGCUCUGUCUCCUUCCCCCGCUCUAUCCCAGGCACUACUGCUCGUCCUCCGUCUUUGGCUCCAAGCCUGUUGAACAUAAGCUCCUAUGUGAGUGACACCUAUGCCAAAAUCAGCUGGACUGCCAGGGUGGAACAGCAGGACUCUCAGCUUUACGUGGCCUAUAUGAAUAACCGUGACGGUAACUGGCGCAUUUCCGAGGCGGUAAACACGUCCCAAAGCUUCCAUGUAAUUGGUGGCCUCAAACCCGGGACAGUGUACACAGUGCGCCUCAUGGCCAAGGCGUUGCUCGAUAAUGCUAGUAUUUUCGAAGACGUUAUCCAGACGCAAGUCACAGGUGUGGCAGGUCACCAGAGAAGCAGCUCGACCAGGGGCUGGUUCAUCGGGACCAUGUGUGCGGUGGCGCUCCUCACGCUCGUCGUCCUCACCGUCUGCUUUUUGGGGCGAAACAAAGGUGGCAAAUAUGCAGGUACGCCACCGCCCGGGCGACAAGAAAUGCUCGCCAUGGACAAAGUAAAAGAGAAGGAAGACCGCCACCCUGACGAGGAGUCCCAAGCAAUGAAUGAUGACACCUUCUGUGAAUACAGUGACAGUGAUGAAAAGCCACUGAAGGGCAGCUCGUGCUCCCUGAAUGGCGAUGAUGCAGUCAGCAGAGACAGCCUGGUCGACUACGCCGACGGUGGGGGAGAAUUCAGCGAGGACGGCUCCUUUAUCGGGGAGUAUUCAGGGCACAAAGGCGAAGGAUCUGUCGGCGAGCCCAAUGGAUUCGGUCCUGUCAUUGCAUGAUGCCAAGCGUCGCUUCCAAUUCCGACAUGGAACUUUUUUAUAUGAAGCUUGCAAUACACUUUGUAUAAAUAUAUAAACUAUACAUAUAUGAGGCGUUUCAGGAUAUUUGGCACAAUUGACUGUAAAAUAACAAUAAUAAGGUAACACUUUAGUAUGGGGAACAUAUUUACCAUUAAUUAGUUGCUUAUUAACAUGCAAAUUCAUUACAUAUUAGCUCUUCAUUAGUCAUUAUUAAGUACUUAUUAAUGCCUUACUCUGCAUGGCCUUAUUAUACAACAAGUAUAACCCUAACUUCACCCUAACCCCCUAACCCUCUAACCCAGGGGUAGGGAACCUAUGGCUCUAGAGCCAAUUGAUGACUGCAUCUGGCUCUCAGAUAAAUCUUAGCUGACAUUGCUUAACACGAUAAGUAAUGUAAUAAUUCCACUGGUAAUCACAGUGUUUAAAAAAACGUUCAAAUUACAAAACAUUCUCAUGCAUUUUAAUCCAACCAUCCGUUUUGUAUCGCACUUGUCCAAGAUGUCGCAUUGAUGGUAAGAAGUAUAUUUAUUAUUGGUUAACUUUGGAAUAACAAUGUUGUUAAAAACAAUUAGAGACUUAUUAUACUCUCAAAAUGUUGGUCCUAAAAAUGCACGCAUUUAGUUGUAUUCAGUGUUAAAAAAUGUUAUAUGGCUCUCACGGAAAUACAUUUUGAAAUAUUUUGUUUUCAGGGCUCUCUCAGCCAAAAAAGGUUCCCGACCCCUGCUCUAACCCUAACCACCUAACCCUCUAACCCUUAUUAUACAACCAGUAUAACCCUAACACAGGGGUCGGGAACUUUUUUGGCUGAGAGAGCCAUGAAAGCCAAAUAUUUCAAAAUGUAUUUCCGUGAGAGCCAUAUCAUAUUUUUUAACACUCAAUACAACUAAAUGCGUGCAUUUUUAAGUAAGACCAACAUUUUUAGAGUAUAAACAGUCUCUUAUUCUUUUUCAUAACAUUGUUAUUCUGAUGCUAACCAAUAAUAAAUAAAAUGUCAUGUCUGUUGAUCAUGUUUUUGUUUGGCCAUGUGCUGUUUGUCUUUUGGACUCUUUAAGUUCCUGUUUUUUUUCCACUCCCUUGUCUGGUUUCCUUGGUUACUCAUUUUGUCCACCAGUCUCUGGUGGACAAAAUGCCCGCUCACCUGCUUCCCAAGCACUAAUCAGAGGCAGUAUUUAAGCUUGUCUUUGCCAGUCAGUCGCCCUGGCAUCAAUGUGAUCUUUUCUUGCUCUGUGCUGACUUGUUUCAUGCCUUGCCAUAGUUUUGUGCUUCAUGCCAUGCCAAGUAAGUUUUGUUUGAUUUAUGUUCAUAGUCUGUUUAUGCUUUAGCUUUCUUCCUUAGCCCAAGUUGUGCUUCCGCUGUGAGCAAUUUUUGUUUGUAUCUUUUUUUAGUUUAAAUUAAGUCAUGUUUUUACUUAAAUGCCAUGUCCCGAGUAGUCUGUCUGUCUUCCUGGGAGAACGACCCCGCAGCAAGCUGCGACCCUCCCCCCCAUCGUGACAUAAAAUACUUCUUACCAUUAAUGCGACUUCUUGAACAGGUGCGGUAGGAAACGGAUGGAUGGAUUUAAAUGCAUGAGAAUGUUUUAUAUUUUGAAGGUUAUUUUUAGCACUGUGAAUUCCAGCGGAAUUAUUCAUAAUUAUCGUGUUAAGCAAUGCCAGCUAAGGUUUAUCUGAGAGCCAGAUGCAGUCAUCAAAAGAGCCAUAGGUUCCCUACCCCUGCCCUAACAUAACCCUAACCCUUUAACCCCAACUCUAACCAAAUAAGUCUUUGUUACUAUGACUAUGUUCCCCAUACUAAAGCGUUAAUAAUAAUACAUUUACGUGUAAAUACUGUAACACAAGGAAUUGAACUUUUAAUUGUUUGAGGAGUUUUAAUAUAAUAAAUGCUUUUUUUUUACCUGUUCAUGCAAACACAUUGUGUAUUUUUUUUUAUUUUUAUUUUUUUACAAUGAUCCGAACCAACACAUUUAAUCCAUAGCAGGAUGUCAAUUGUAUUUAUUAAUGCACUCAUUUGUUUUACACGCAACUUUUUUUUAAUUUCUUGUGUCAGUACUGUAUUUGUGUUUGAAAUCAAUAUUCCCAUUAUUGUUGUCAUUUUGUUUAAAAAUAUAUGUUUUUCAAUAUCAGCAGAAUUUUUAUGUAACACAAUGCUUAGUUUACCCCUCAGGCAGCCUUUCUAUUAACAAAACAUGCACCGUCUUUGCAGGCACUGUGACUUUUUACAUUAUUACUACAGUUGUUUUCCAUCUGUUAUUAAAUGAUCACUUUCAACUUU